AUGUCUACCCCAGGAUCCGGCUUCCUCGGCCGGUCGAGCAAUAGCAAUGCCAACAUGCGAGGGCUCGUCCAGUUCAUCGCCGAUUUGCGGAAUGCGCGUGCCCGUGAGCUCGAGGAAAAGCGAAUCAACAAGGAGCUCGCGAAUAUCCGACAAAAGUUCAAAGAGGCCAACCUCAGCGGAUAUCACAAGAAGAAAUACGUUUGCAAGCUGCUGUACAUUUACAUCAUGGGCUGGGAUGUCGACUUUGGCCAUCUCGAGGCUGUCAACCUCAUCUCUGCUAGCAAAUACUCUGAGAAACAAAUUGGGUAUCUUGCGAUGACAUUGUUUCUCCAUGAAAAGCAUGAGCUAUUGCAUCUGGUCGUCAACAGUAUCCGGAAAGAUCUCCUGGACCACAAUGAGUUGUUCAACUGUCUGGCCUUGCAUGCCAUCGCCAACGUUGGUAGCCGUGAGAUGGGAGAGGCCCUGAAUAGCGAGGUGCAUCGGCUUUUGAUCUCCCCGACUUCCAAGUCAUUCGUGAAAAAGAAGUCAGCUCUGACGCUGUUGCGGCUGUACCGGAAACACCCGGAUAUCGUAUCACCUCAAUGGGCUGAACGAAUUAUCCACUUGAUGGACGAUACUGAUGUUGGUGUCGCACUCUCAGUCACAUCUUUGGUCAUGGCGUUGGCCCAAGACAACCUAGACCUCUACAAAGGAGCCUAUGCCAAGGCGGCGGCGAGGCUCAAGCGCAUCAUUAUCGACGGGGAGUAUACCACCGACUAUCUUUAUUAUAAGGUCCCAUGCCCUUGGCUGCAAGUAAAGCUACUUCGACUUCUCCAAUACUUCCCCCCUUCCGAGGACACACAUGUUAGAGAUAUGAUGAGAGAGGUGCUGCAGAAAAUUCUCAACCUCGCCAUGGAGCCCAAUAAGAAUGUACAACAAAACAAUGCGCAGAAUGCGGUUUUGUUCGAGGCCAUCGAUCUCAUCAUUCAUCUUGAUACAGAGCAUGCAUUGAUGAAGCAGAUUUCUUCUCGCCUGGGACGCUUCAUCCAAAGCAGGGAGACCAACGUGAGGUACUUGGGUUUGGAGGCCAUGACCCAUCUUGCUGCGCGGGCAGAGACUUUGCAGCCCAUCAAGCAACACCAGGAAAUCAUUCUCAGCUCCCUCAAGGACCGAGAUAUCAGUGUUCGCAGGAAGGGUCUCGACCUGCUUUACAGCAUGUGUGACACAGACAAUGCCCAGAUCAUUGUGGCCGAGCUUCUCCAUUACCUCCAGAAUGCCGACUUUGCCAUCAGAGAGGAAAUGGUUCUGAAGAUUGCCAUCUUGACGGAGAAAUAUGCCACCGAUGUUCAGUGGUAUGUCGACAUCUCUCUUCGACUGAUCGCCAUGGCUGGAGACCACGUUAGCGACGAGGUCUGGCAGCGAGUGAUACAGAUCGUGACCAACAACGAGGAACUUCAAGUCUAUGCGGCGCAGAAUAUCCUUCAGUAUGUGAGGUCAGAUCACUGCCAUGAGACUCUGGUCAAGAUUGGUGCCUACCUCCUUGGCGAGUUCGGUCAUCUGAUUGCAGACCAGCCUAAAUGCAGCCCCAUCGAGCAGUUCAUCGCCCUGCAGUCAAAGGUUGCGCCAUCUUCAUCCAGCACCCGCUCCAUGAUCUUGUCAUGCUUUAUCAAAUUUGUCAACUUAUUCCCUGAAAUCAAGCCCCAACUCGUGAACCAGUUCGACAUCUAUAGCCAUACUCUGGACUCGGAGAUGCAGCAGCGAGCUUGCGAAUAUUAUGCACUUGCCACCCGUUCUACUGACGAUCUUCUCCGGACUGUGUGCGACGAAAUGCCACCAUUCCCUGAGAGGCAGUCUGCCCUCUUAUCCCGACUCCACCGAAAGCAUGCCAACACCAGUGAUCGCAGGACUUGGGUUGUAGGAGGCAAGGAUGCAAAUGCCGAUAACACUGAAUUGGGGAUGGCCACACCACGUCUUAAGCGGACGUUUAGUUCUAACGCCUCCACGAACGGUGCUGGAAAUGGUCAAUUGGGCAAUGGUGCAUCGCUCGCUGGUCUGGACAUGACUUCCCCUAUAACCCCUCGAACUCCUAAUCUUGCCAGUGCGGCGCACUUGUCCCCUGGAUGGGAGAAGGGCUAUAAUAGAUUGAUUGCCAAAGGCGAGGGAGUUUUGUAUGAAGACGGCCAGAUUCAAGUUGGAAUCCGAUCCGAAUAUCGUGGCCAGAUGGCAUGUAUCAUUGCCUACUUCAGCAAUAAGGCCCCUACAGCUUUGGGCUCGUUUACUACUACCUUGGACUUGGAUGAAUCCGAAAAGGGUAAGUUGACAUGGGAUACCAAGACACUCCCUGAGAGCAACGUUCUUCCAGGAUCACAAACGCAACAAGUCAUCAUGUUUGAAGCCAAGAAGAUAUUUGAGAAGAGCCCGACGGUGAGGAUCAGCUAUCUUGCUGGUGCUCUGCAGGCCGUCACACUCAAGCUUCCUGUUGCCAUCCACAAGUUCAUGGACCCUGCCGAUCUUACCGCAGAAGACUUCUUCAAGAGAUGGAAGCAGAUUGGGGGUGCUCCACGCGAGGCGCAAGACAUUUUUGGCCUUUCGGGCGGGGGAGGUCACCGAGAGAUAACUCCCGAUUUCGUGACCAAAACAGUCAGUGGCUUCAGAUGGCGGGUGUUGGAUAUGGUUGAUCCCAACCCCAAGAACAUUGUCGGUGCUGGCGUGCUUCAUACGGCCGAAGGAGGCAAGUUUGGUUGUUUGAUGAGGCUUGAGCCAAACUAUUCUAGUCAGAUGAUUCGUUUGACGAUCCGCGCUACAGAAGAUACAGUUGCACCCAUUCUUCUGAAAAUGAUCAAGGACCGACUGUCUAGAGGAAUCAUUACCAUCUACGAA